AUGGAAAUGAAUCAGAUCAUAAAUGGAGUUAUUUUCUGCUUAACUAUUACCAGUGGCAUUUGUAGUAAUAUACUGAUUCUGCUAAUCUUGUCCUGCAUUGCAUACAAGGAAAGAAAAAUGAUGCCUUCUGAGACCAUACUUUCUACUUUGUCAGCAGCAAACCUGUUGCUUCUAUUUACUUUAGGGCUCCCAGACUGUCUCCUUAUAUUUGGUGUGAAAUAUUUUUACAGUGACCUUGGUUGCAAAUUCGAUGCACAUUUCAUGAGGUCAUCUCGGGUAAUGAUCAUUGGUCUAACCAGUUUACUGAGCUGCUUCCAGGGAGCAACAUUAGCCUCUGCUAAUCCCAUGUGGGCAAUUAUUAAAGCCAAAAUGCAGAAAUACCUCAUGCUUCUCAUAGCAUUAAUUGUAACUCUUAGUACUGUGUCCAGUUUAAGUUCAGCAUUGUAUCCUGUUGUUAGUACCAAUACUACAGACCAAACACGCACUGUCAAUCUGGGGUUCUGCUUUUCUAUCUAUCCUAAUGCCUUUUUAUUUGCACUUAUUGGAAACAUUUCCUUUGCUAGAGAUGUAACAUUUGUAGCCCUUAUGGCUUUGGCAAGCACUUACAUCCUUGUGACUUUGCGCAAACAUGGAAAACAGAUGAAAGGGAAGAGAAGCUCUGAUCGAAACCAAGAAAACUCAGCGGAACAGCAAGCAGCGAAAAUGGUUGUGACAUUUGUUACCAUCUAUGUGUUAAUUUUUGGAACAGAGAACCUCAUCUGGAUUUACCAGGUUUUGGUUGCUGAAGAAAACAAUAUUGCACUUAAUGUCACUAAGGUUUAUCUACAAUUUUGUUUCUCCACUGCCUUUCCUUUUGUGCUGAUUGCUUUUAAUAAGAAAGUUAGAUCUGCCACAGAGAGAGCCUUGAAUGUGAGAACCCAUGCCACUGGCAAGGAUGGCAGAACACUGGCUUCAGCACUGCUGCCCAGCAUGUCUGGGGCACAACCUGGCACCACCCCCUCUGCUGACCCUGCAGUACCUGUGCCGUCAGGUCCACCAUCAUUGCAGCAGGACCUGUCUUCACCAAGCUCAUCACAGGAGGAUCUUCCAGGAGGUUCUGACAGUGGAACUGUGGGCACUGUGGCACCUGAUGUCAGUAUAUCAUCUGAGUCUGACAAUGAUGAUGGCUAA